AUGAUCUGGUAUCUUCUCUAUCCGCUGCGUGGUACCACUGAACCACCACGGCUCGACACCUCGCACCCCAUCCGCCGCGCGUUCCAGGCCCACGGCACUGCCACGGCCCGGCAUUGGCUGCUCUCCAUUGUCCUGACCAUCACCGUCUCCGUCCUGCUCUGCUACCAGGCCGUCUUCCAGGCCGACAGCUCCGCCGCCGCUGCCCUCCGCAACCUGCCCAAGCAUGUCUGGACAUCGACCACCGAGGUUGAGGGCGAGCGCCCCGCCGAUGUCGUGGUGCGCCAGGUCUGGGUGCAUGGCGACUACAUGAAUGCAAUUGCCCUGCCGGUGCUGCGCGAAGCGAUGCAUGUGCAGGAAGUGCUCAUCAACGGUGGUUUCGACACGCGAGAGAGUGCUGCCUACGACGACCAGCACAGGCUCCAGCGCGAUGCCCCGGGCUGCCUUGUCGCACCCGCCGGAGAGAAGUGGGGCUGGCACUCGCCGUUGAUGUACUGGGACUGCUCGCUGAGCGCGCUGGAGAAAGACGGCAACCUCCUCGAUACCAUCAACGCCCAUAAUCGCAUCCGCUCGGCACUCAAUGUCACCCUGCGCCCGAGCACUGUCUUUGCCGGCAAGUCCUUCUCGGCCACUAAACUUCGCGCCGCGGAUGCGCUGGUUAUCACGCUGUUCGACCAGACCAACUCGAGCUUGGGAGAUACGUGGGACUCACGGUCGCGCCUUCUGGCUGACAAACUGGACCCAGACUGGACCAUCUUCCCGCCCGACGGCCAGGUGGGGCGGAGUCGACUCUACGAGUUCCGGUUCAAGCCGAUGACUCUGAACGAUGACUUGUUCUUAGCUGCGUCCUACCUGGUGACCGCAGUUUAUGUUAUAUGGAGGAUGAUGCAGCUGCGAGCAGUCAAGAGUUGGUUUGGGCUGCUUGUAACCAUAUGUGCCAAGAUGCCCCCUCACCAGCGAAUCGGAAAUGCGCUCGGUGAAGUCGGACAUCUAUCUCUUGCCAUUGCCUUCCAAAAUCUGGCCCUUUUGUACUUUUGUUCCCGGCUCGUUUCACCCUGGGUAGCCGACUUUUGCGUCUUCGCUGCCGUCACCCUCGUAUUCGACCUUGUUUUCCACUUGACCUUCUUUGUUGCUGUUCUCAGCGUCGACGUGCAAAGAAUGGAACUUUCAGACUCACUGGACCGCGCCGAUCUUCAUCAAAACAACAACAAGAAAAGAACGGAGCGGCAGUCUUGGCUUGGAGCGUUGUUAGAAGGUACCCUGCCACUCAGCACGCGCUUUGCUGGCACAGUCGCGAUCUGUUCUAUCAUCCUUGCUAUCAACUGGCACUUUUUCGACAACGACGGCAAGCAAUUAUCCAUCGAUACGCUUCGCCGAAAUCUCACAAUGAGGAGACGGAGACGCACCCCUGACAGCACAUGGAGCCCACCACCGAUCAAUCAGGCUAGGACACCCGCUGAUUGGCUUAGGAUUCAAGAUCACAAUACUGCCCGGGAACUAUUUGGAUUCAUCAAGCCGGGUGCUUCAAGCUUCAUAGCCCGUAUUUACGACCCCAUCCUCGUGGUUGCGAAAGGGGCAUACGGGCGCGACCGACCUCAGCCGCCGCUGUCUUUCACCGAUGGAGUCCGCCGCUUUGCGCAAGCACAUGCGUUUCCGGUAGCCUUGCUCGUCGUUACGUUUAUCGCGACUGUAACAUUAUUUAUGAACUAUCUUCUCUGGACUGGACUCCCGAAAACUUCUGAAGAGACAGAAGAUGACGAAGUCACAUUGUCUAUCAAGACAUUGCCGACGCCGCAGAAUCUAGACGUUGUGCAAUUGGCUUCUUGCUCGAGAGGCCAUCUUGCCAGCAUAUCUCUUGACCGGAGCACUGCAUUGUGGCUACAUGGCCGCGGAGGCUAUCUGCACACAACGCUGCAGACAGCAACGAUGAAGCCAAAGCUCUGGCCCAUAUAUGCUACGGCUAUGGACGAUGGUGGCAACAUCCUUGCGAUCUGUGCAGACAGCGGACAGAUUGGCCUAUGGGAUAUCCCGGCAUCCCGUUUCCUUCUGUUUCCCAAGAUCGACAUUCGUGGGCAGGCGCCCAUUCUGUUUACAUUUGCUUACCUCAAGACCCGCUUAGAUGUCGAAAAGCUCUACCUCAUCAUCAUCACACCAGACGGACACCUGACCAGGCUCGAAGCACGCACAGGCAUCCACUACACCAGGCGCAUAUCAAGCAGUCCCAUCGUCUGCACCACAACCUACACCUCACUCAAGGGCGACACCAGCGUUGUGUUCGUAACGAAGCCUGGCGAAGUCCACAUCCUGCCGCUUAUGGAGGAGGGCAAUACGAUGUCCGAGGUAGUCGCCGGUCUCGACCCCGGGCCACCUCCAGGCAGCAACCCUGCGAAGAUCCGAUGUAUAGAGGCUGUUCCUAGUCUGGGUCUCAUCUUUGCACUCCGCGACGAGGAAGCUGAGAUAUUUGACUUCACGAGCCGAGCGCUCGUACACUCUUUCCAGAUCGGCCACGUCAAGCCGCACUCCUUCAGAGUCUUGUAUCCCAUGCGACGGACAUGUCAAUGUGGAGCUCCAACAGUGAAUUCGCUUGCUGUCGCAUACACAGAGCAAGAAACAGACCACAUGAUCAUGCAAAGUUUCUCCCUUGACGACAACACGUCGUCACAAAUAUGUCUCGGAAAACCGCUCGAUAGGGAGAAGCACGGAUGCCGUGGGCUCGACCAUGCAAAGGAGGCCGUACAUUACGUCGAGCCUGUCGGAGUGUGGGAGGCUACGGAUGCGCUCAGUGUCGUGGGGAUCAGAAGGUGUAUACAGUCACCUACGCCAUCGUCCACGACUUCAGGCACUGAUGAAUCUAGCCAAGGCGUGGAUCCAGUGGCGCUCACGUCGGCUCUCAAGCAGCGAGCUCAAAACCAAGGCAGUCCGAAGGCUACCAAUUCCUUAGGGGGAGUAUUUGCCAAGGGCAGUCGAAAAGGCUUCGUUGGCGACACGGACACAUGGGAGGCCUGGACACUCUCAAGCACAGGCGAGUUUCGCUCACGACCACUCGUUCCGGAUAACCUGGAUGGAACCACAGAGGUCCCUUAUGAAGACGAGCUUUUCGUAACAGCUCCUGGGCCAAUGACUAGACUAGGGAAGCGUAGCGUGGUCGUCGGCUUUGGCAAUACUGUGAAGGUCAUCACAUUGGGCAAGGAGUCGUUCGAUGGCUUGACAAACCUCCAGAGUAACGCCAUGGACAUUGGCCUUGGUUCGUACAAGUGGAGGGCCCGCAGAGGCACUGGCAGGAAAGUACAGUGA